UGAGCACCAAGGUAACCGCUGACCAGCCUUCUAAUGCGCAUGCGCGAUUUAUCCAAUACAAAAUGGAAGAUUUCUACAAUCCAGUGGAAGUCGCGGAAGAUCUUAAGGCAUUUGAGAGGCGUUUGACUGAAUAUGUCUCAUCGCUGAGUUAUACCACAACAAGAUGGCGAAUUAUACUUUCAUUGUCAGCUCUAUUUGCUACAUUUGGAGCCUGGGGAGUCAUCAUUGAUGAUGUUAACCAUGUGUCCAUCCUCCAGUCUCUAUGGUACCAUAAACUAUUCACUUUAAGCUGCUGCAAUCUGCUAGUUCUCUUUAUGAUGGGAAUCCACAGAAGGGUGUUUGCUCCUAGCAUCAUCCUUUCAAGAACAAGAAUUGUGUUACAAGAUUAUAAUAUGUCAUGUGAUGAGAAAGGAAGGUUGAUAUUAAGAGCAAGGCCUUUAGCUGGUGUGGAUGGAUGACGUAAAAAGAAGCUGAGAAUGGCCAAGAAGAAACACAAGCACUGCAAGAGUAAGAACAGCUGCAAGAACAGGUGAUCAGCUGUAUCAAUUUGUACCCCCACAAAGAAUAGAUGAUCAAACCAUAUAUAAAUAACAGAUGAUCAACAUGUAUCAAUGGAUACAUCCACAGGAACAGAAGAUCAACCUGUAUCAAUGAAUACCAUCUACAAGAACAGAUCAUUGGCAUGUAUUUCCUUGCAAGCUUGUGUUGAUUCUCAUGUAAUUAUUGCUUUCACACUUUGAGAUAGUAGCCCUCUAUCACUCUGUUUCUAGAGCUUCAGGAACUGGGAUAAAAGAUGGAUAAUGAUAGACGAAUCAGAUGUUUGCCGACGCAGCAACAGUAUGCUUAAGUCGAGACCUGGAGUUCAAAGACCCUGUGUCCAAAAUGGUAAAAAAAUGAACUUUGUAAUAGGUUGUUAGUCUUUUGUGAUACUCCCUUGAAAGGGCCAGUCAUUAGACAUAUCUUGAUAAUGGUCAGCAACCAGAAUAUGUGUUUUAGCAGAAUUUUCUGAACUUCAGUUGCUGCCUUUUAUGCAGAAAUGUAGCUCAAUAUUACCUGCUCACAAAGAACCCUUUUGCCUCUUAUCACAAUAGUUUGCUUGAAGCAUGUUUGUUAGCUUUUCAAGAAGCAUAAAAAACUAAAAAAAUGUAACUUUAUUUAUUGGACCACAAUAGAAAAAUUCAGCCGAAAUGACUUGUGCCAGAAGUUUAACUAUCAAAUUGAUCAAGACUACUCUCUCACCUCAAAUCUUUCGCAUGUAAUUCCCCUGGGAAGGUCCAAAAUUGAUUUUUUGUUUUUUCACCCAAACAUUUGCCAUUCUCAGCUGGCAUACAUUGCCAAUAUUUUUCUAAACCUUGUGAGCUUGAACAGAUCUUGGAAAGAUUGUGCUCGGAAUGAUAGCUCAUAUUGUUAGUACCUGUUAAGGCUGAUUUAGACAGUAUGAUUUAGUAGUGCACGACUUGCCUACCCUGAAUUACACACUACGACUUUAAUUGUUGAUUUACACUUGGCAACUCAAGUUGUAGAGGUGGCGCGAGCAAGUUACAUGCAACUAAAUUGUGCUUUCUAAAUCAACCCUUAAAUAUCCAAUAUCUUUGUAGAUUUUUAGCAUAGCUACUGUACAUACUUUCUUCUCAUUGGCCUACCUAAUAAAAAGUUAUCAAAAGUUAAAUAACCAUUAUCAGUUGAAGUUGUAUGCACAUACAAGUAUUGAAAACUACAGUAAAAAUAAUAGUUAGCUAGUUUCUGUAUUUUAUGUAUUGUACGACCAGAAGAAAUGUUUCAAUUGAUGUAAAUAAAAGUGACAUACAUUG